AUGUCUGUCGGGCCUGCGACAAAUCGCCAUGCAGCCGACGAGGAGGCUCGAGCCGAAGUCGAUGUGCUAAACUCGCGUCUAGAGAAGACAGCCCAAUUGACAAAGAAGAUUCAGGCAUGCAUGGGGAGGCUGGAAUCUACGGGCAAGAGUGUGCGCGAGGUCGCUGGUCCCCUGAGCGGGGAGACGAAGAAGCUACAGAUCCUAGGAAAUAACAUCGAUGGCGUCCUCUCCGCAAUCGAGCGCUUGCGUCAGCCGGCCGACAGCAAAAACGAUGAGGAACAGAUCAUUCGUGCUGGCCCAGACAGGAUCGGCUUGUCGAACUACCUGGCCUCCAUCAAGCGUCUCAGCAAAUCGCUAGCCGACAUGCAGGCCUCCAAUCUCCGCGCCAACCAGCAGACCAUGUCGGAACUUACACGCUUGAUUAAGUCUGGCAACUCCCAACUUGAGAGUCACUUCGAUAAGUUGCUUCGGGGAGAAACACCUCGCUCAGUAGAACCGCUCCACUAUAUCACAAAGGAUGUGCCGUUUCCUGUUCUGUCACAGGACAAGGUUACGCGUCUUGGCUUGGUCAACGCCUAUAUAUCCAAUAAUCACCGCCAGAACGGGGGUGCUGCCGCUCCUCAAGAUUCUUCUACCGCCAAGAUAUACGCCGAAAUCCGCGGGCCCUAUCUGUCUUCUACACUGGCAAAUCUGGCCGCCGCGAGCGUAAACACGACUAAGAAAAAGAAUCCCGACGCCAUCUAUCGCGCAGGCGCCAACGGAAUUGGCACAUACGCUCAGGCAAUGGAGGGUCUGUUUUUGGCCGAAUACGACAACAUCUGCAGCAUAUUCACCCGCGAAGACUGGGGCCCCCUAUUCCAGGCCACAUGUCAGGCCGCCAUGGCUGAGUUGGCCCGCACGCUACGAGAAUUGAACAAUCACAUCAAGUCUCACCUCCACACCGACUGCUACCUUGCCUAUGAGAUAACCGAAAUCAUGUCAGGCUUGUCAAGUAACCUCGAAACGCGUACUGGCGAGCUCAAAUCCUCCCUUGCAGCAGCCCUUCGGCCCGUUCGUGAGACCGCCAAAUUAUCGCUGGGGGAGUUGCUAGAGGAUACCAGGCGAAGAGUUACCGCCAUGCAGACACUUCCUCAAGACGGCGCUCCGAUAUCAAUCGUGUCCGAGACAAUGCAGCGUCUACAGACCAUGGUCGAGUUUUUGCGCCCUGUCUCCAGCAUAAUGUUCUCCUUGGGCGAUGGUGGCUGGAAGUCCAGCGCUGCUACUGAUGGACGGUCUACCGAUGUGAUACCGAGCCUGGCUUCGUUCGAUAUCGGCGCUGAUGGCAAAGAAAUCUUUGCACACUAUUGCGCAGAUACAGUUGACAUGCUGAUGUCAUCACUUGACCAGAAAGCGAAGAUGGUCCUCAAGGGACGAGGCAUCAUCGGGGUGUUUCUCGCCAAUAGCGUGGUCAUCAUUGAGCGGAUGAUUCGUGACUCGGAUCUGGCCCCCUUGUUGGAGCAGCGGAUGGGCAUGUUGGACCAGUGGCGCAAGAAGGCGACUUCCAUGUACACGAUGGACUGCAAGGAAGUUUCUACCCACUUGUUUGAUGUUAUUCACACGAGCAAGCAGCGACCAACGUCCGGGCAAGCUGAUUCAGCCUCUAUCCUCAAGGGCCUGAGCAGCAGGGACAAGGACAACAUCAAGGGUAAGUUCCAGGCGUUUAACGCAUCAUUUGACGAGAUGGUCACCCGUCACAAGUCAUAUAACAUGGAAAGAGAAGUACGCCAAAUGUUUGCCAGGGACAUUCAGCAAAUGCUUGAGCCUUUGUACAACAGAUUCUGGGACCGAUACCAUGAGGUCGACAAGGGCAAGGGCAAGCAUGUGAAAUACGACAAGGCUGGCAUCGCCGCUGUAUUCAUGACCCUCUACUGA